AUGCCCACCAAAACCUCCCAACACGCCUUCGCCGGCUCGGAACGCUGGGUCGUCCCCCGCUACUCCUCCAAACCAGGCACCCUCAUCCGACUCGGGUCUGUCCUCACCGACCCAGAAGACUUGGAAUCCUCCCUCAACCUCGACAGCAUCCCCCCCAUCCCCCCCAACCUCCUCCGCGACGCCACCCCAGAGGUGCGAAUGUCUGUCCAGACUGAGCUCAGCAAGUCAGACUCCACCCUUGCCAAAGCCGCCCCGGCAUUGGAGGGCAUCCUCACCCUCGGCGGCGGGGUGGAAGCCUCCCGCUCCCAGGGGGUGAGCUCGUCUCUUAACAUCUCGGGAACUGUCAAGGCGACUGUUUUUCGGGCGGAUAAAUCUUACAUGGAUGUGCUGCUUAAGGAUAAAAAUGUGAUUUCUUAUGCGAAGAGGGGGUUGGGAAAGCCGAUGUUUGUUGUUGUUGGGGUGGCUACUGCUGGGAGGGUGGAGAUGAAAGAGACGAGGCAUGCGACGAGGAAGGCUGGGGUGAGUGGGAAGGUGGGGGUGGAGGUGAUUGGGGAGGUGGAGGUAGGGUUGGAGAGGGAGAGGAGCGAUAAGAGUUGUAAUGAGGUGAGGGGGGAGGGCGGGUUGGAUUUUGCUUAUAGGGUGAGGGAGUUUGGUUACUCGAGGGUGAGGGGGACGGUGAAGGAUAAGGGGGAUUGGACGGGGAAGGUCCUCUUCGCUGGGGGAAAGGGGCCGGUGGUGGAGAAGGGGGGUGAGGUGGUGCCGGUGUUUAAGGAGUUUAAGGAGGGCGAGGUUAAACUGAGGGCGACGGGGAGUUUUGAUGUUGCCGCCAAGGCGUGA